AUGGUCAAGUCCCUGCUGUCAAAGUUCCUGCCGCUGGCAGAGGACCCGUUCCCACCGACCCAUAAAGCAGGCUCCGAGUUCGAAGGCUUCUUUAUCCGGCUCGAAUCGCAUUCGGGUCGUUCGCAGACGUCUUCCUCCUCACCUGCUGGAUCAUCAUCGACUCGCAAAGCCCCAAAGAAGAGCCCGGCGUCGAAAGCAUCGCCAUCGCGAAUUCCACGUCUGACGCCAAAGUCGCGCAAGGCAGAAGCGUCCACCUCGACCUCUCCGUUGAGUCGGCGAAGGGUUCGUUCGUCGUCCACCUCCUCUUCCUCUUCGUCCUCCUCGGCGGCCGGUCCAGCUUCGCCGACUCCGCCAUCACGCAAAGCCUCUCGCGAACAACCUCGACGAUUCGCAGACGAUCGGAUAUCACCAAAGUCGCUCUUUCCCGAGAUCGAGCCCGUAUUCGCCUCUCCCGAGUCGUAUCUUCCACGUCCAACCCCUCCGUCCUCCGCAUCGAAGGUUCGCAAUCUCACCUCGACUCUCCCCACUUCAUCCCCAGGGGACCUGAUUCUCGUCGUGUGCGAGCUGCAAUCCGCUCCUGUCGACCAGCGCAUCUGCAUCUACCUCCGCUGGAUCGUACACGGUGAAGAGCCCGCCUUGCAUCGCGAGCUCCACUCGAGCAAUGGAGCAGAGAGACUGCCCAAGAACGCCCGUCGCAAGGGGGAGUCUUUUGAGAUCGUCCACCACAUCCCUGCAUGGCAGGUGAAGCUGGGUGCGAAAGUGGGAAGCUUUGCAGUGCAACCGUUUCGCAUCGGCCUGCCGGAGUUGGGGUUUGUGGAUGUCAAGCCGGAUGGGAAUGUCGUGGCUGAUAUCACGUUGCCGAAUCCAGCAAGAGGGAUGGGGACGAGGGUGAGAUUGAGAUCGACCAAAUUUGCGCCCUGGCAGGAAGCGUCGAAGCUGCCAAUGGGUAGUAGGGGUCCCGAAGGGUGGAUCCAGCAUUUGGGACCGAUACUCCCGUUGCAUUGGUACGUGCAUUCGUCGAGCGCUCCGGCAAUGUUCUCGCUCGAACAUGUGGCGGAGAACAACGGCGAGGUCGAGCUGGACAAUGCGGUCGCGGCAGGGAGGGGGUUGCUGCACGUGGAGAAGAAUUGGGGCCAGGCGUUUCCGAGUGGGUGGAUGUGGGCUCAUGGUGCGUCGGCGUUGGCUGAUCCGAGCUUCGAUUCGACGUCGAAGGAGCGGCCGUUCGUCAGGUUGAGUCUGGCAGGAGGGUCGAUUCUGGGGUUGACAGCGUUCCUCGUAGGGGUUCACAUCAAGGACACGGGGAGCGAGGUGAAUUGGACUUUCACCCCGCCGUUCGCGGUCGGUCCAAAGGUCUCCUUUCCCUCAUCGAAGGGAGAGGAGAGAGUGCAUAUUGGGCCGGGGCUGCGCAUGACCCGCAACUUUGGAGCGAAACAAUUCAGGAUCGAUGUGUGGGACCUCUCCCGCUGGGCUAGCAUCUACAUCACGGGCGACGAGGAGACGUUCGCAACCCAAAUUCCAGGACCUCGCAGGGGCGGAUGGACGCCAGGCUACUGUCAUCACAGCUACAGAUGCAGGGCGUCCAUCACGCUGUACAAGAGGAGCGCGGGCAGGUUGGCGAUGCUCCCGAUGAAGGCGGUGCUGAACCCUUUGGGGACGCUGAGGUCAGGGAAGCGGUUCCUUGGCGGCGCUGACGAGAGCAGUGAUGGCUGGAGCAGACUGGGCUGGCAAAAGGUGACGGAGGCGCGGCUGGACGAUAGGGUGGCGCUGGAGUUUGGCGGUGACUUUGCUCAAUGA